AUGGCCGGACCAUUACCAAUUAAAUUUCAAGAACAUUUACAACUUCAAAAUGUUGGUAUCAACGUUACGAACAUUGGAUUUAGUUCACUUACAAUGGAAUCCGAUAAAUUUAUUUGCGUACGUGAAAAAGUUAAUGAUACAGCUUUUGUUAUUAUUAUUGAUAUGGCCGAUUCAAGCAACCCUAUCAAACGACCAAUUACAGCUGAUUCAGCCAUUAUGAAUCCAACAAGUAAAGUUAUAGCAUUAAAAGCUGCUAAAACAUUACAAAUUUUCAAUAUUGAACUACGUAGUCGAAUGAAAACAUACAAUAUGACAGAGGAUUGUAUCUUUUGGAAAUGGAUUAGCGUUAAUACAAUUGGUAUUGUAACUGAAACAUCUGUUUAUCAUUGGACAAUGGAAGGUGAUAGCCAACCGGUUAAAAUGUUCGAUCGUCAUCAAAGUUUAGUAGGUUGUCAAAUAAUUAAUUAUCGAACUGAUGAAUCAUUACAAUGGUUACUUGUUAUCGGUAUUCAAGCACAGGAUAGUCGUGUUGUUGGCCGUAUGCAAUUAUACUCUGUUGAGCGUAAAGUAUCACAACCAAUUGAAGGACAUGCAGCUGCAUUUACACAAUUUAAAUUAACUGGAAAUAAAAAAUCAUCAAACCUGUUUUCGUUCGCUGUUCGAGGACCGCAAGGAGGAAAACUUCAUAUUAUCGAAGUUGGCGCACCAGCACCCGAUAAUCAACCAUUUCAAAAGAAAGCCAUCGAUGUUCAGUUUCCAGCUGAAGCACCAAAUGAUUUUCCUGUUGCUAUGCAAACAUCAUCCAAGCAUGGCGUUAUUUUUUUAGUAACUAAAUAUGGCUAUAUACAUAUGUUUGAUAUCGAAAGUGGAACAUUGAUUUAUAUGAAUCGUAUUAGUGCUGAUACCAUGUUUGUGACAGCACCGUAUGAGCCAACAUCUGGCAUAAUCGCCGUUAAUCGUAAAGGCCAAGUUCUUUCGGUUAGUGUUGAUGAAGAUAAUGUCGUAUCUUAUAUCCAAAAUGUAUUAGCCAAUGCUGAACUUGCUUAUAAAAUGUCAGCGAGAUGCAAUUUACCAGGUGCUGAUCAAUUAUUUCUGGCAAGAUUUGCACAAUUAUUUCAAAGUGGAAAUUACGGUGAAGCUGCUAAAGUUGCUGCUACAGCUCCACGGGGAAUCCUUCGUACACAACAAACAAUUCAACAAUUUCAAACUGUUCCAGCACAACCCAAUCAACCAUCACCAUUACUUCAAUAUUUUAGUAUUUUAUUAGAAUCAAGCAAACUAAAUAAAGAAGAAUCGAUCGAAUUAUGUAAACCAGUUGUAAUGCAAGGAAAAAAACAAUUAAUAGAAAAAUGGCUAAAAGAAGAUAAACUUGAAUGCAGUGAACAAUUAGGUGAUCUUGUUAAAACAAUUGAUGCAACACUAGCAUUAUCAGUUUACUUACGUGCUAAUGUACCAAUGAAAGUUAUUCAAUGCUUUGCUGAAACAGGCCAAUAUCAAAAAAUAGUUCUUUAUGCUAAAAAAGUCAAUUAUCAACCUGACUACAUUUUUCUUUUACGAAGUAUAAUGCGAAUUAAUCCUGAACAAGGUGUUCAAUUUGCACAAUUACUUGUUCAAGACAAUGAACCAUUAGCGGAUUUAACACAAGUUGUUGAUGUAUUUCUCGAACAAAAUCUUAUACAACCAUGUACAGCAUUUUUACUUGAUGCUUUAAAAAAUAAUCGAGAAGAUCAAGGACACUUACAGACGCGUUUAUUAGAAAUGAAUUUAAUGCAAGCACCACAAGUUGCCGAUGCUAUUUUGGCUAAUAAUAUGUUUACACAUUAUGAUCGACCACACAUUGCUCAAUUGUGUGAAAAAGCUGGUUUACUUCAACGUGCACUUGAACAUUACACAGAUUUAUAUGAUAUUAAACGUGCUGUCGUACAUACACAUCUGUUAAAUCCAGAAUGGCUUGUGAAUUAUUUUGGUCGAUUAUCUGUUGAUGAUUGCAUUGAAUGUUUAAAAGCAAUGUUACAAGCUAAUAUUCGACAAAAUCUACAAGUUGUUGUACAAAUUGCAACAAAAUAUCAUGAACAACUUGGAACAUCAAAACUUAUUGAAUUAUUUGAAUCAUUCAAAAGCUACGAAGGUCUUUUUUAUUUUCUUGGUUCAAUUGUUAACUUUAGUCAAGAACCAGAUGUUCAUUUUAAAUAUAUUCAAGCUGCAUGUAAAACAGGUCAAAUCAAAGAAGUUGAACGUAUUUGUCGUGAAUCCAAUUGUUAUGAUGCUGAACGUGUUAAAAAUUUUCUCAAGGAAGCAAAACUAACUGAUCAAUUACCAUUAAUUAUCGUUUGUGAUCGUUUUAAUUUUGUUCAUGAUCUUGUUCUUUAUUUAUAUCGAAAUAAUUUAAUGAAAAAUAUUGAAAUUUAUGUUCAACGAGUUAAUUCAGGUCGUCUACCAGUCGUUGUUGGUGGUUUACUUGAUGUUGAUUGUAGUGAAGAUCAUAUAAAACAAAUAAUACUUUCAGUGCGAGGCAAUUUUAAUGUUGAUGAACUUGUUGAAGAAGUUGAAAAACGAAAUCGAAUGAAACUACUUUUACCCUGGCUUGAAACUCGUAUUCAUGAUGGAAGCAAUGAUCCUGCUGUUCAUAAUGCAUUAGCUAAAAUUUAUAUUGACUCAAAUAGUAAUCCAGAAAAAUAUCUUCGUGAAAAUCCUCAUUAUGAUAGUCGUGUUGUUGGCAAAUAUUGUGAAAAACGUGAUCCACAUUUAGCAUGCGUAGCAUAUGAGCGUGGUGGUUGUGAUAUGGAACUUAUUAAUGUUUGCAAUGAAAAUUCUUUAUUUAAAAGUGAAGCACGAUAUUUGGUCCGUCGAAAAGAUCCCGUAUUGUGGGAAUCUGUAUUACGAGAAGAUAAUCAAUAUCGACGACCAUUAAUCGAUCAAGUUAUUCAAACAGCUUUAGCUGAAACACAAGAUCCAGAAGAAAUAUCUGUUACAGUUAAAGCAUUUAUGACAGCUGAUCUACCAAAUAAUUUAAUUGAAUUAUUAGAAAAAAUUGUUAUUGAUAAUUCUGUAUUUAGUGAACAUCGUAAUUUACAAAACUUACUCAUUCUAACAGCAAUUAAAGCUGAUCGUUCACGUGUUAUGGACUAUAUAAAUCGUUUAGAAAAUUAUGAUGCACCUGAUAUAGCAAAUAUUGCUAUCAGUAAUCAAUUAUAUGAAGAAGCUUUUUCAAUUUAUAAAAAAUUUGAAGUUAAUACAUCAGCUAUUCAAGUACUCAUUGAUCAUAUUAAAAAUUUGGAUCGAGCUUAUGAAUUUGCUGAACGUUGCAAUGAACCUGGUGUAUGGAGUUUAUUAGCUAAUGCUCAAAUACGUCAAGGCUUAGUUAAAGAAGCUAUUGAUUCAUUUAUUAAAGCUGAUGAUCCAACAUCAUACCUUGAAGUUGUUAAUGUUGCCUCGCAAAAUCAAAGUUGGGAAGAUUUAGUUCGAUAUUUACAAAUGGCUCGUAAGAAAGCAAGAGAAACAUUUGUUGAAACUGAAUUAGCAUUUGCUUACGCUAAAACAAAUCGUCUUGCUGAACUGGAAGAAUUUAUUUCAGCACCCAAUCAUGCACAAAUUCAAACGGUUGGUGAUCGAUGUUUCGAUCAAGAAAUGUAUGAAGCUGCGAAACUUCUUUAUAACAAUAUAUCCAAUUAUGCUAAAUUGGCAGUUACAUUAUGCUAUUUGGGUGAUUAUCAAGGUGCUGUUGAUAGUGCCCGUAAAGCCAAUUCAACUAAAACAUGGAAAGAAAUUUGUUUUGCUUGUAUUGAUAAAGACGAAUUUCGCCUUGCUCAAAUGUGUGGUAUACAAAUUGUUGUACAAGCUGAGGAAUUAGAAGAAUUAAUAAAUUAUUAUCAAAAUCGGGGCUAUUUUGAAGAAUUAAUUCAAUUGCUUGAAGCGUCACUUGGUCAUGAACGUGCACAUAUUGGCAUGUUUACUGAAUUAGCUAUAUUAUAUUCUAAAUAUAAACCACAAAAAAUGCGCGAACAUUUGGAAUUAUUUUGGUCACGUGUUAGAAAACCAAAAGUACUUCGUGCAUGUGAACAAGCACAUCUUUGGUCUGAACUAGUUUUUCUUUAUGAUAAAUAUGAAGAAUAUGAUAAUGCAAUUUUAACAAUUAUGGCUCAUCCAUCUGAAGCUUGGCGUGAAAAUCAUUUUAAGGAUGUAAUCAGUAAAGUAGCAAAUAUUGAAUUAUAUUAUAAAUCCAUUGAUUUUUAUCUGGAAUUUAAACCAAUGCUAUUAAAUGAUUUACUUUUAAUAUUAUCACCACGUCUUGAUCAUACACGUGCUGUAAACUAUUUCCUCAAAGUAAAACAAUUACCAUUAGUUAAACCAUAUUUACGUUCCGUACAAAAUAUAAAUAAUAAAGCUAUUAACGAAGCUCUAAAUAAUCUAUUAAUUGAAGAAGAAGAUUAUCAAGGUUUAAGAAAUUCAAUUGAUGCAUAUGAUAAUUUUGAUAAUAUCACAUUAGCGCAACGUCUUGAAAAACAUGAAUUAACUGAAUUUCGUCGUAUCUCUGCUUAUCUCUACAAGGGAAAUAACCGAUGGAAACAAGCUGUUGAAUUGUGUAAAAAAGAUCGUUUAUAUAAAGACUCAAUGACUUAUGCAUCAGAAUCUCGACAAUGUGAAAUAGCUGAAGAAUUAAUAUCAUGGUUUCUUGAUGAAAAAUUAUUUGAAUGCUUUGGUGCAUGUUUAUUUCAAUGUUAUGAUCUUUUACGACCUGAUGUUAUACUUGAACUUGCAUGGCGUCAUAAUAUUAUGGACUUUGCAAUGCCUUAUAUGAUUCAAAUAAUGCGAGAAUAUAUAACAAAAGUUGAUAAACUUGAACAAUCGGAUCACGUUCGUACUGAAAAUGAAACAGCGAAUGAUCAAAAACCGAUUGAUUUUACUGUUCAAGGUCCAUUAAUGAUAACUGCACCUGGUAUGGGUGUUUAUCAACAACCAGCUUUUGCAGCUGGUGGUGUGUAUCCAACUUAUGGUGGUGCACCAGGUUAUUCAGGCUACUAG